CCGCCCCUCGCGUCACCCGUGCGCGCCACCUCCGCUCCGGCAGCGCCGCCGCUCCUCCGGCCGCGGCCCAGCGCGGGGAAGGUCCAUCUGUGUGCCCACUGCUCCAGGGGAGAUGUCCAACGUUUCCAGCUACGCCCUGCGCAUGGCCCGCCUCAGCGCCCAGAUAUUCGGCGACGUGGUCAGGCCCACGGACUCCAAAUCCAUGAAGGUGGUGAAGCUGUUCAGCGAGCAGCCCCUGGCCAAGAGGGACGAGGUGCACAACUGGUACCCCCCUCACAACACCUACUACGCCCUCAUGAAGAAACUCCGCUACUUUGGCCUCUACAGGGAUGAGCAUCAGGACUUCAGGGAGGAGAUGAGGCGAUUGAAAAAGCUCCGUGGGAAGGAAAAACCAAAGAAGGGGGAAGGAAAGAGAGCUCUCAAGAAGAAAUAGUGCUGCUUGAACAGUGUGACUGACUGCUCUGGAAAUGCUGGGGAAUGGCUGGAGAAGGCUUGGCAUGUGGGCUGUGUGUGGGGCACAGGAAACACGCUGUGAAAUUGUGGGCUCCACCUUGGGAAUGCACUUGGGUCUUUGAAGUUUUACUGGUUUUGAAUUUCUAUACUUCAAAUAUACUGUAUAUUGCAGCACAAUAAUAAAAGAAAAAGUGCUCCAUGUUUUUCUUGAAACCA